AUGAAGACGUUACUCGCCGCAUACUCCGGCGUGAAUAAAGGCACAGGGUCCAGCCUCCUGUCAGCCCUGCUGGAGCUGGCCUCCUCUCCUUGGCUGUCUCGCCCCAAGCUGGUGAAGCACCUGCAGGUGGUGGCUGUGCUGCAGUUCAUCGUCUCUUUCCUGACCAUGGGCUUUGUGUGCACCGUGCUAAUGGUUUACCUGUUCUUCACCGACUGCUGGUUGAUCCCUGCCGUCUACGCGGCCUGGCUCAUCUUCGACUGGAACACCCCUAAACAAGGAGGACGCAGGUCAUCCUGGGUGAGGAACUGGACGGUGUGGACGUACUUCAGAGACUACUUUCCCAUCAGGCUCAUCAAGACCCAUGAUUUACUCCCCAGCCGGAACUACGUCUUCGGUUACCAUCCCCACGGGAUCUUUUGCUUCGGCGCCUUCUGUAACUUUUCCACAGAGGCAACGGGAUUUUCCAAGAAGUUUCCUGGAAUCAGGCCGUCCUUGGCCACACUCGCCGGAAACUUCCGUCUGCCUGUGCUCAGGGACUAUAUCAUGUUUGCAGGUAUCUGCCCAGUGAACCGCAACUCCAUCGACUACCUCCUGGCUCGGAACGGGACGGGGAACGCCGUGGUCAUCGUUGUGGGGGGUGCUGCGGAAUCGCUGGACUGCGUGCCGGGACAGAACUGCGUGACUCUCAAGAACCGCAAAGGCUUUGUGAAACUAGCUCUCCAGAAAGGAGCUGACCUGGUGCCCGUGUACUCAUUCGGGGAGAACGAGGCGUAUCAUCAGGUGAUCUUUGAGGAGGGCUCCUGGCGCAGGUACCUUCAGCGGAAGCUACAGAAGCUGCUGGGCUUUGCCCCCUGUCUCUUCCAUGGCUGCGGCUUCUUCUCCUCUGAGUCCUGGGGUAUGGUGCCCUACUGCAAGCCCAUCAACACCGUCGUUGGAGAACCCAUCACUGUGCCGAAGGUCGAGGAGCCGACCCCGGACAUUGUGGACAUGUAUCAUGACAUGUACAUCAGAUCGCUCACCGAGCUCUUCGACAAAUACAAGACGCGCUUCGGCCUGGAGGAGACCGAAUCCCUGCUUAUCCAGUGA